GGUUUAAUGAAUAAGUUAUAAUUUAUGUAAAUCUAGUAUAUUACUUGAACAAAAAACAAAAGAAUAUAAUGAAUUAUAUAUACAUUUAAUUGUACAUAAUUAUAAAUUAAUAACUAAAACUCAUGCAUAUGCAUCAUGUUUAUUUUUACUUAAAAGUCAUGAAGUUGAUUUAAAUUCAUAUGAUAUUUUAUUAUCAUUAAUUAAAGAUGAUAAUUUAACACAAAAAAAAUUCUAUCAAUUAGUCUUGAAAGACUUUUAAUAGUUGGUCAAUAUCCUAGAAAUGAUAUAUGGCGUUUAUAUGAAAUACGUGCACGUAUUUAUACAUUAUUAAAACGACCAAAUGAAAAUACAAAUUUAUUAAAUAAUGAACAUGUUAAUGAAGAACAAGAAAUGAUUGAUAGUUCAUCAGAUAAUAUUCUUAUUACACUUAUUGCAGAAUUAUAUGAACGUACUAAACAAUCAUCAACAUUACCAUAUGAAGCUUUACUUUAA